AUGUCGCGGGCACUGAUAUCAAAGUCUCUGCGCCCUGCACAGCCAAUACUAGAGUGCAGGGCUGCAUUUGGCUUACGUCGAGCCCCUGCAUAUAUCCAUACCUCGGUAGCACGGCCAGCCGCUGCCAACUUGAACCCAAAUACCAUCUCGGCCAUUACGGAAAGGGAGAAGCUCAUUACUGGCGAGGCCGGCCCAGUGGCGGAUGGUCCAACAGCCCAAGCCCAAAAGUAUGCUGGACAGCCAUUGACUUCAGCCAUUGUCGCAGAUAUCAUGAAGGGCGAGCAAAUACUCACCGGCCUCAACGGUCCCAUAUCUGGCGGCCCCGCAGCUCUCGUGCAGAGGAUAUUUGAUGCUGGCACGGGAACAAAGCAUCACUCGGGAAUGCUGGAUUCGGCCACCAUAUCCUCCAUCACCGAGGCGGAGAAGAAGCUCACUGGCAGCGCGGAACCGGUCAAGGGUGGCCCAACAGCGCAGGCGCAAAAACAUGCCAAUGAGCCCAUCAACUCUCAGAGCUUGCACGACAUCACUGAAGGCGAAAAGAAGAUUACGGGCGGUCAGAGAGUCAAGGGCGGACCGACGGCAACGGCUCAGAGUGAGCUUAGUCGGAGUCGAUCAUGA